UUUCAAUUAUUUUUUUAAAGACAGCUGUUGGAUCUGUUAAAAUCUGAAAGUAACCAUUUGUUUACACUAAAUUACUCAUUAUAGUUCAGAACUCAAGUUAAAUUUAUAAAAGUUGUUAUAAAUUAGUAUCAAUGUUUGGCCGAUCGCGAUUCGCUAAUAUAUUUAGACCGAAUUAUAUGAGAAUAUUCAAUUAUGCAGAGCUUGCUACAAAGGAAUCACAUGGAGAAUUAGUAAUUACAGAUGCUUGUGCUCAGCGGUUGAAGGAGAUAGUUGACGAUGGUAGUGCACUGAGAGUGGUUGUAGAGGGAGGAGGCUGCUCCGGGUUUCAGUACAAAUUUGAACUUGACAAGAAUACAACUGAGGAAGACAAGAUAUUUGAGAAAAAUGGUGCACGAAUCAUUAUAGACACAACAUCUUUGGAAUACAUCAAAGGUUCAACCAUUGAUUAUCAACAGGAAUUGAUAAAGGCAUCCUUUAGGGUGGUGAACAACCCGAUGGCAGAACAAGGAUGUUCCUGCGGAGCCUCUUUCUCUAUUAAAGUAGACUGAAAUGAGUUGAAGUAAUUUUUAGUUAUGUUAUUGUGAAUAAACUUGUGUGAUAAGUAUGUGAUAUUAGUUUAAAUUUUUAUGUGUAAAUGUUAUGAGUGAAAGUAGUUUUGUUUCCUAGUCAAAAAUCUGUAAAUUAUUAAUAAAUAUAUUUAAUAAUUACAUGAUUUUAAGUUUAAA